AACGCCACCUCCAUCCUCAUUGCCGUCGUCAUCACCGCGCUCUACGCCGUCGUGUGCGUCGUGGGGCUCCUGGGCAACGUGCUCGUCAUGUACGGCAUCGUCAGGUACACCAAGAUGAAAACAGCCACCAACAUCUACAUCUUCAACCUGGCGCUGGCGGACGCGCUGGCCACCAGCACGCUGCCCUUCCAGAGCGCCAAGUACCUGAUGGAGACAUGGCCCUUCGGGGAGCUGCUCUGCAAAGUCGUGCUGUCCAUCGACUACUACAACAUGUUCACUAGCAUCUUCACCCUCACCAUGAUGAGCGUGGACCGCUACAUCGCUGUGUGCCACCCGGUCAAGGCCCUGGAUUUCCGCACGCCGGCCAAGGCCAAGAUCAUCAACGUGUGCAUCUGGGUGCUCUCCUCUGUCGUCGGGGUGCCCAUCAUGGUCAUGGCGGUCACCAAGACGAAAGAUGGGAUGGUGCUGUGCACUCUCCAGUUUCCUGAUCCUCCCGUCUACUGGGACACCGUGACCAAGAUCUGCGUCUUCAUCUUUGCCUUCAUGGUGCCCAUCUUGGUCAUCACAAACUGCUACGGGCUCAACAAGAAGAACCCCUACGUAGUGGCCAGCUUGCACUUCUGCAUCGCUUUGGGCUACACCAACAGCAGCCUCAACCCCGUCCUGUAUGCGUUCCUGGAUGAGAAUUUCAAGAGGUGCUUCCGAGAGUUUUGCCUGCCUUUCCGGGCCCGUAUGGAUCCGAAUGGCUUCUCCCGAGGCAGGAGCACCACACGGGAGGGCAUCUCCACCUGCACCCCCUCCGAAGCCCUCCACAAGCCGGCAUGA